AUGGUCGAUGAGGGGCUAUUCAUUAUGCCUGCGGGCGGUCCUCAUCCUAUGCAUCGUCUACUUUUUGCUCGGAAUCUUUCGGAAUUGGCCCAGCUCAACCGGAUUUUGGUCAAUUUUUCCGGAAACCACUUCCUAUGUGCCGACGAGGAGGCCUAUUGUAGAUGCUCAAAAGCUGGCGAUUGGCGAAAACAGUAUGAGGAGGAAUACGCCCAAUUCUUUAAACUGCGCUCCCCGGCCGACCUUCAGCGGAAAUGUCAGCUUUUUAAAGAGCUACCGGCCACGAGAAGCUUUGUUGAUCCCUGGCAAUUUAUGGAUGCGAUGGUUGGGUUCUACAUUUGCCGGCGUGAGAAUUUACCCUGUGACGCACGAGGGGACUGUGUUUCAUAUGGAUUGAUGGAUGAGAUUUAUGCCGAGACGACGAGAAGAGGCGAGCAAAUGUUCAUCGACGGACCGAAUUACAUUGCGCAGAGGGUGCAACUGGCUGAGGCGAAUAGUGUCAUCGGAAAAUGGCUCCACGUAAUCGAAGCCCUUCAAAAAGAUCCGGAAGUCAGCCAGAUUAAGCUCCUUUCUGCCCACGACUCGACACUGGGCCCACUACUUCGUGUACUCCGCAUUUUGCCCCAAGAUCCGCCCAGAUACGCCAGUAGGGUAGUUUUGGAGGUCUACUCCGAUCCUAGCAAUGCCCUAUACUUCCGGCUGCUAUUUAAUGGGGAGGUAUUCACAGAAAAGCUCCCGUUUUGCCGCGAAAAUUCGAGCGAUGGCCUGUGUGCCGUCGAGGAGCUGGAGAAUUUCUACAAAGCCGGACUCUGGAAGCUGAGCAAAGAGUUUUCGAGCUUCCGGACUCUUUGCGGGACU